UGCACGGAGAAGUGUUGUGAAGGGAAUAAACAGCUUACGACGGCUUAUAGAGAGGUCACGACAAUUUUCGCAGCACAAAUCCAUGACGAAUGAACUUUACAUGUUAUUUCUAAAAACCUGUUUUGUACGAGACGGUAUAGAUUGCAUAGAAACUGUAUGGAUAAUUUAAAUGUCACGAGCGCCUUUUUGUGACGAAAGUGUAUCGCAACAUUAGGUUGUUUUGAUAUUAGGUUUUGCAGCAGAACGCAAAAUGCUGAGAUUCCUCAGCCGGAGAGGCCGCUCAUCGAGCCAGAACCGAAACAAACAAGGUCAGAAAACACCUACAAAUAAAAACUUGAUACAAUGUAAAGUAAUGUUACUAGAUGAUACCGACUUGUCCAUUAACUUGUCCAAGAAAGCCAGCGCUGUAGAUCUAUAUGAACAAGUGUUUUACUCACUUGACUUAAUUGAAAAAGAUUACUUUGGUUUGCAAUUUACUGACACAAACAAUGUAAAGCACUGGCUGGAUCCAACAAAAACCAUAAAGAAGCAAGUUAAAAUUGGCCCACCAUACACCUUAAGACUUAAGGUUAAGUUCUAUUCAUCAGAGCCAAAUAACUUGAGAGAGGAACUUACUAGGUAUCAGUUCUUUUUGCAACUGAAGAAGGAUAUCCUGGAGAGUAAACUAGAAUGCCCUCACUUGACGGCUGUAGAAUUGGCAGCUUUGGCUCUGCAAUCAGAGCUCGGGGACUUUGAUGAAGUACUCCACACCCCUGCCACCGUCUCAGAAUUCAGGUUUGUACCCAAUCAAACGGAAGAGAUGGAGAUUGAAAUAUUAGAAGAAUACAAAAAAUGUAAAGGCCUGACCCCGGCUCAAGCUGAAGUCAACUAUUUGAACAAAGCCAAGUGGCUAGAAAUGUAUGGUGUCGAUAUGCAUAUAGUCCUUGGUAAAGACGGGUGUGAAUAUCACCUUGGUCUCACCCCAACUGGAAUUCUUGUCUUUGAAGGCCCUCAGAAAAUUGGUCUGUUUUUCUGGCCUAAAAUAAGUAAACUCGACUUCAAGAAGAAGAAGCUCACUCUUGUUGUGGUUGAGGAUGAUGACCAAGGUCGCGAACAGGAGCAUACUUUCGUGUUCCGCCUCCAUAAUGAAAAAGCCUGUAAACACUUGUGGAAGUGUGCAGUCGAGCACCACACAUUCUUCCGCUUACGAGCACCAGUCAAAGGCCCAUCAGCGCGACAGAACUUCUUUAGAAUGGGUUCGCGUUUCCAGUACUCUGGAAAAACAGAGUAUCAAACAACUCAGCAGAAUCGCGCGCGUCGCACUGUCCAGUUUGAGAGACGGCCCAGUCAGAGAUUUGCUCGAAGGCAAAGUCAUGUUCUUCGGGAAAGAGAAAAACAGACCACGCCUAAAGCAGAGGCUUCAGUUUCUAAUGAAGGAACAGAUGAAGUACCCAGUGUAUCCACUGAAUUAGCGAGUUUAAUGCCUGACUCUAACCAGGGUACACUUUCUAGGAAGAGUAGCGCUAAGUCACAGAAGUCUUCUAUUCUUGACACAGAUAUGAGACUAGCUGAAGUUGGAGAGCCAUCAACUAAGAAUCUCAUGGAUGAAGAGCCACCGAAAGAAGUCCUGGUCUCGAAAGAGGAUUCUAUAAGCAACAAAGUUUUGUUUAAGGUAGAGAAACCUGUCAUAGAGGAAAAGAAAAACAAUCUUACCCAACUGGUUAUCAACAAACCAACUUGCAACUGCUCCCCAGCCACACCUGUGUCAGACUCUAACCCUCUUAAUGAUCUCCUAAUGAGUUUGGUUAAGGAGAAACUAAAUAAUGAUGAUUCUAAAAACGAAGUGAAGAGAGAUCAAUUAGACUCGGCGGGGGACAAGGAGUUUAACAACCAAGCUAAAUGCUAUUUGACAUCUACAAAGGCUCUGCCACCAGGACAGCUUAAAUGCAAUAACAUACUGAAAGCUCGUGAGAAUGAAGUUAAAAUUAUAAACGAAACAACGAAUAUUAACUUAUCUGUGCAGCCGUCACCAUCCCCGAAGAUUCUGAAUGAGCCUGUUGGUCAGUCUUCUCAGAAUAAUUCUCAGUAUGUGUCAAUAGUUGUGGUGGAGCCUCCUCAGUCUCAGGCUAAGGUAGCGUCUCCGAAACCAGCUCCGAGGAAAGAGGAAGUCACUCCUAAGGUUCAACCGAUAUCAUCACUAUCACCCUGGCUAGUGACAUCAGAGCCUAGUUCUCCAUCCGGGAUUGGUGAGAAAGAAAUCACUAUAAUCCAUCGUAAGUCUGUGAUCACUACACAGUUAUAGUUUACUUACUAAUACCGUAUAUAAUAGUGGUAAUAUAUAAUUCAUAAUGAAAUCUGUUGAUUUCAGUAUUUUGAAGUAUUUUGUUGUUAAGGAGAGUAUUAUUGUUGUGCCUUAAAAAUAUUGAAUAACUGUUUUGGUCAAAUAUGUACUUAUGACGAGCCCCCUAUUAAUUAUAUUAUACAUGUUAAAAUCGUCUUAAAAUAAGUAUAAGCUGAUACCAUCUUGGUACAAUGAUAAUCAUUUCGCUUUCAAAGUUUCGAAAGGAAACCCAAAGCGAGACUGAUAAUUUAAUAUAGUGUCGAAUUGAAUAAUUCGGAUUUACAAUGUCUUAUAUAAAAUGCAGUACUUAGUUUAAUUAAGACUGAAAAAGUUUUAACAUGAUGACAACAUUCCGUAGCUAUUUAAUAUUGUGAUAUAAAUGGAAUUUUACCGUCCUAUUGAAGCAUGUUUAUGAAUAUACAUUGUUUGUAUUAUUAACAAUAACAAUAGAAUUUAGUACAAUGAAAUGUCAGUAUUAACAAAUGUAACAGUCGAUUUUGUUUAAUCAGGGGUGCCAUAAUUUUCUCACCUCUCGCAGUUAACUAUCAUAAUAAAUAAUAACCGAAAUGAUUAAUAAAAUGUAAACUUAUGUAAUUAGAAUAA